AGGUUAAACCGAAUAUGCGCGGCUAAGUUCAGAUAGGCCGGUACAGAGGACGGAAUGGAUGAAACGCAUCAGGACUUCUGAUGCCCGAACUGAAUCUCGUUUUUCCGACCAUGGAUUCCUUGGAGUCGUCAGAAUGCAUGAACUGGACGAGCUUGCCAAUACUUCACCUUCCGUCGUCGGAUGGCUUUUGCCAGAAUCCGAUACCUCGCGGACGAACGACUGUUUUCCCGAAAACUCGGGAAAAUAUUCUGGAUAUCACUCAACGAAAGAUCAGAUCAACCCAAGGAACUUCUACCCCGCUACUGCAUGAUCAGUCUACAGCAUCCGUCGAACAACUCGCAAAACUUCCAUCGCAUGCGUUUGUCGAACCGGUCAAGAAUUGUAAAGCGGAUCUUCUGUCCAAUUCGAGUUCGUGCUCGCUGUUCAAUUCAUUUGGCCUAGCGAGACUGCGGAAGAAUGCCGUUGUCAAAGCAAACUCUGUGAUCAACCUUGUAUUGCCAACGUCAAUGGUAUCGUCUUUCCUUGUGAGAAACUCAUCGUGUUCUGACCUACAUCCGCGAGAAGCUGACAUCGAAACUUGCAAGUUAUGCUUGGAGGAAAUCCCUUCCACAGACAGGCUGCAACUCGAAAGAUGUGGCUGCGUCUUCUGCCGGAAUUGUAUGAAGGAGUACGCAGAUUUCGAAAUUCGCCGUGGAAUCACCGUUUUAUCUUGUCCGGACGCGAAGUGCUGUGCUCGUGGAAUUUUGCUGGCGAACGAAAUACGCUCUCUGGUUUCCGAAAACGUCAUGAAGCUGCAUUCGAAAUUUGUUUUUGUAAAAGGUGUAGAAAACGACCCAGAGUUGACAUGGUGUCCCACCCCGGAUUGCGAUGGGGUAUGCAAACGCAAUAAUGAUGUGUUGAAAGAAGAUGCAAAGCGACAGAAGCCUGUGCCGGAAAAACUCGUGUGUCCCUUGUGCAAGCGAACAUUUUGCAUUGCUUGUCGACGUGCCUGGGAAACUCACGAAAAAGAAGAUGGGAACCUCAUUUGUCCGCCUGGUUCCUUGUCUUCAUUGCUCAUUUCCGGGAGUAAAAUCGAAUCCCACAGACCACGAACGUCCGUCUUGUCCACGGCAGCGUCAAUACGAUCUAAAUGUCGCAAAAAAUGGGCUGCAUUGAGUAAGACCCCGGAAGACGGUGUUUCCAAUGGGAUAAAGUCAAAGAAGAGGAAAGAUGCGUUUCUUCGUGGGGAAGGUUUGCCAGAAAACGAGUCCGCAGUGAGUGUGGAAUCCGCAUCGCAUCCAGCCUUUCCCGGGUUCCCGUCUCCGGCAACUUCUGUCAAGAUCCUGGACCCGGGCCUGACGAUGCUGAUGAUCAAAGAAUGCCCCAACUGCUUUGUGCCAAUUGAAAGGAACGCGGGAUGCGCGCAAAUGAUGUGUCGGCGGUGUAACCACAUUUUUUGCUGGUUCUGCCUUGCACCCUUGGACGGUGACUUCUUGCUCCGGCAUUACAGUCGUGGGCCAUGCAAGGACAAGCUGGGACACUCGCGAGCAGCUGUGAUAUGGUACCGAGCUCAAGUGGUGGCGUUGUUUCUGGGCUUCGGGCUGUUGACCGCCGUGGCGGCACCAGUGAUCCUCAUCGCGGCGCCGUGUUUGCUGGCGUGCGGCGAAUUGCGGCGUAAGAGGAAUUCUCGCGGCGCCGACGAAGAACCCGUCGUGGUGGAAAUGAGCAAACUAGACCCUGAUUGCAAUAACGAUCUGUGAGGCUGUCGCACCUGGAAGAAAUAUUUAGUGUUCUCUCUCUCUGUCUUGGAAUCCAGGAGUUUGGGCGUGGGUUUCAAUCGUAGCUCAAAAUGAAGUAAUUUUUCUUGGAACAGGUUUCUUCAGUGUUGAAUCAAGUGUCGCGUAUUUUAGGAAAGGUGCAACUCGCUGCGAGGGUUUUUUCUGACGGGAAAAGUUACGUACAAGGAAAGGGAAAUGCUUGGAGGUUGUCGAUGGUUUUUUCAAUUGAAAGCUUAACGCUUUUGACCCGCUCAUCAAAUGUCGUUUGUUCAUUAACCGGGGUAAGCAGCAGGAAACUUUUUCUCGAGUGGGCCUUUUUUUCGGAAUAAUCUGUUAUUGUGAGAACUUCUAUCAUUAUGUCGUGAUCCAUGUGAAUUUCUGCAAAUGAGGAUCAAUCUUUUCAAUGAGAGCUCCACUCCUUUUUAUAGAAAGACAGGCUGAGGCUCUAAAUAUUUUCGGGAUAUUUGAUUGCUCUAAUCGUUGGCCAUAUUAACCUACAGUCCUACAGGCUUAAUUUGAGCAAGAAUGAAAGGAAUGAAAAUUUUAAUUUGCUUCGGGUAAUUUACCGAAUGCGCGUGAUUUCAGUGCAGUGGUUUUUGAGUUGAAACCAAUCGAUAUUUAUCAGUGUUCGUCGACUGCCCUCGAAAUGUGCCAAAUUGGUUAUUUGCACUUUUACACCCAAUAAUUUGUAAGUGUGACGGCUACACUAUCUUCAUUAAAACUACCAUAGUUUCAUGAUCAAGUAAAAAAAAAGUUCCCAUGUUUUCAUCGGAUUCUGAUCUAAAGUAGAUUAUUAAAAAUCAGAAUUGCUGUAAUUUGUAUACUUCGAAUUUCAGAGCAGUUUAUAAUUUUGUGUGAAAUCAUUUGAAUCUUUUAAACCGUCAGCAGAGUGCUGGGAAUGAGAAAAAAAGUUGAAAAACCUGUUGGGGGGGGGGGGGAAAGUGCUAUAUUUAGCCAAGUACUGUACCAUGCACCCCAUUUUUACUGACUGAAAAACUGCAAUAUUCCGAAAAUAAGACACAUGAGAAUUUAGAAAUCAAAUUUGAACGAGAAUUCAACCUAAAUUCAUUUAAUUUUCAAUUGUUCAGAUUUUUUUUAAGUUCUGGUCAAAAAUGUCCCAUUAUAUUCAAGUUUGACGCACAACUAAACUUCCAACAUUUUUGGUCAUUUUCAUCCCCGUCUGACACAAUUUCCUUUUGGAGCAAUUUCAACAUAAUUUUUUAUGAAAAUUAAUUGAAUUUAGGUUCCAAUCAUGUCUGAAUUCUGGUUUGUCUUAUUUUUGAAAUAUGGCAGAUUUUUGGUCACCUGAUAUGAGAGUCCAACUCUUACUUGGGGAUAGGAUUUUAGGCUGUAAAAUCUAUGCCCAAGUCUUUCCCAUGGACCUGUGGUACUCAAAUAAAUUUUGUAUUUAACCUUGAAAAUAAAAUCUGAUUUUAUUGAUCGCCAGCUUUUCACCUAGCAUCAAUGCUCACUAAAACUGGCCCUUUCUGAAAAUAAAUCAACAUGUUGAGAGCUUCCGUUGCCCUUGGAAAGUUUGGGUGUUUGAUCGAGAAUAAUUGUCUGAAUCUUACGCCACUCGGGGAACUGAGUCAGGCACAAUUUACAAACUUCUUCCGCAAAUGAUUGACCCUAUUUUGAACCCCGUGAUGUGAGAGAGAAAGACCGACUUGGUUCGGAUCGAUUAUCCUGUCUUUCAGGGAUAGAAAAAGAAGCCCGUUUUAUCUUCUCUGAGUAAUUUAAGUUUGUGAUGAACAUCCUGUGUAGAAAAGACUGUGAAAUGCCCCAAGGGAGCGCGAUUCAAAAGCAGUAGGUGGAGAACCCAGGGUUUCCCUUUUGGUAUCGCAUUGAAAUGGAGUGUUGAAUCAUCAGUUUGCUUUUUCCUUUUUUUUAAUUUUAACCUUGGAUGUGAUUUUUACUUUAUCUCGGUCAUUUGAAAGCGUUUGCUCAAUAUUUGACCGCGGGAAUUAUGUGGAACCAUUUUUAAUCCGUAAAACACCGUCUGUCGCGGAGUUCAGCCGGAAUUCAGUGUUGUCCUCCUUUUUUUGUUGAGUGAUGAUCGUUUUUCUUCAAAACGCCCAAAUCGUGAUGAUUGUGACGAGACUUUGAAAAGUGUUUCAUGUCGAGGAGAGCCGAGAGGAAAUGAGAAUUUCUUUGGGGCUCCUUGAUGUGAAUGAAGUGAACAAGCUGUUGGGGUGGGGGAAAGUUGGACAAAACGCUGAUUGAUAAUUUUUUGUGAUUGUUUGCUUGCUUGGGUUUUUUUUGCGUGUUCUCACGCUUUUCGUCGGCAAAUAAUAUAGCGGGAAUGUGGUCCUUGUCAUGAAGGUUUUCAUCAGUCCUUUGAAGCUUGAAUCUUUGAAUUUUUAUGUACUUUUUGCGAGUGGGAAUUUCUUGGUGCUCUUCAGUUCUUGGCCAACUGCUUUAACGUAAAUGCGCAUGUGCGGAUGACCUGAUUGAAAUGAACUAUGAUGAAAUAAGAUUAUACACAGGAAACUUGUAGGUCAGCCAAUUUUUAGCAGUCAGUCAUGAACUUGAGAUGUGCAGUACAUACCAGCUUUUUGUUUUUUGCUUGCCAAUUGCAACGAUUUCUUCAUGGUUUUUCCAAGUUUUUUCUUCGCCUUCAAGGAAUGAGGCCCGAUGUCCGAUCGGAUUUUUGACACAAUUGGCAUCAUUUGGAAGGUUUCAUGAUUUUUUCAACAAUCGACGCCAUUUGGAAGAUUUGAUGAUCAUACAUUCGUUUCUUGUGUCUGACGGUGAUUGUUUCCUUCGAUGUUGGGCCUCGGAGAAGACAUUUUCUGGAUUUUGGAUGCUUCAAAAUUAAUCACUUGGUUUCCUUGUUGAAGCGGAUGAUUUUUCAUUGGACGUGAUGUUUUCUGCUUUUGAAAAUGCAGGGUUUCGUUGGACGAGGUGAAGAAUUUUCCACUGGCUUCUGGGACAAGACAAUUUUUCUGAGGGCUUCUGUAAGGAAGAAGUAUGAAAGACUUCCAGUGGAUUUUCAAGCAUUUCGAAAUAAUUCAUUGGGAUUAGCUGAAGGAAUGUCAGCAGUCACUCUUAUGCCAUGGCGAAGGAGUCACACUCGAAUGAAGCCUCGGAUUAUGGACUGUGCAUCAACAUCAGGCAGGCUGUUGGAACACAUUAUGAAAUACACAUUGUUGUACAUGCUUAUACAAUGUUAUAAUUUUUUGCAACCAAAGAAAAAAACAAGAUUGAACCUUGAAAGUUAGUUGUAGUGAAUAUCAACUUCUAAAAUUGAAAGAAGUAGCAGGAUUAAAAGGCAAAGGGUGGGAUGACAUUUGAAGAAGUAUACACCUUUUUUGGAAUGUGCUCUUGUUGCGAUGAAACAAGAUGAAUUGAAUUUGAAAGGGGAUUGCAAAAAUCAGUUUCCUCAUCUGCAAUGUCAAGCAACAGUGCACCCCUUUCAAUUGUAAAGCAUAGUUAGAUAUAACACAGACCAGAAAAAGCACUGUCCACAAAUG